AGAUUUGGCUCGGCGCGAGUUCUGCCGUUGGCUCCACCUCCGGCCCCGCCCCUCCCGGUCCCGCGGCGGCGGCGGCGGUGGCGGCGGUUCCGCUCCGUUCCGCUUCGUUCCGUUCCGCCUUCCGCGCUCUCCUUUGGGUUCUGAGCGGUCCUCAGCGGGCCCGGAGCGUCGCCUCGUCCCCCCCCCGAGAGGGGAGGCAGCGGCAGUGUCAAUGAGGCAGAAUGGAGCCGGAGGUGGGGGGUGAGAGCCAGCGUCCCCCCAGCGUGCCGUGGCGCAGCUACAAGCUGGUGGUGGACCCCGCGCUGCGCCGCGCCCCCCAGAAGGUCUACCGCUACGAUGGCGUCCACUUCAGCGUCCCCGACUCCGGGUACCGACCCGAAGGCGACGUGCGGGACCCCCGGCCGCGCCGCAUCUGGUCCAAGCACCGCGACCUCUCCCUGCCCGUCCCCAAGUUCAAGGUGAGCGUUGGGCUCUCCUGGGUGGCUCUGGGGACAUCGGGGAGGGCUGGCUUUGGGGUCUCCUGGGUGGGUUUGGUGUCAUUUCAGUGGUUUUGGUGUCAUUUCGGUGACUUUGGGGUCAUUUCAGUGGUUUUGAAUUGAUCUUGGGGUCAGUUCAGUUGUUUUGGGGUCAUCUCAAUGGCUUUG